UGUCCUUCUGUCCCUCCUCUUAUCUUCCUUCAUUUUCAUUCCGUGGAUCAUUUGACAUCUUUUUUUCCCUUUUCAUGACACUUUAACGACCACCCACCUUCUUGCCUCGACAGGCUAUCGUGCAUGCGUAUACGCUCUGACUGAAUACGAAGUUUACUUUACCGCUCCUUUUUUCCCUUCAAUUAAACGGGAAAGCGCACCAAGUGGUGUCCUGACUCUUCCUUCGUUCUCUUGAAUCGUUUUGUUUCUUCUUCUCCUUCUCUCUUUUUCUCCUCUUUUUCUCCUCUCUUUUUACUUCUUUCUUCUUUCUUCCUUUCUCGUUUUGCUCAUCCAUUCACAUGGUGCCAAGCUCUACUCCGGGAAUCAACUCACGCAGCAGGAACGAUGGCCCAGUAGCUGAUCGCGUGGUGCCAGCAACAACAGAGACAAGCAUGACAGGCACAGCAGCCAGUACGACCGCUACCGCCACCACUGCUACAACCACACUCAAGCAGAGAAAAAUCUCUGCAACCAAUGGUCAUGGCAGCAGCAAUGGACAGGCCAACGGCAAACUCAACGGAAUCUUGAUGGACAGGCGGAAAAUAGUCGACGACAACAACGAUGACAGUCAGGACAGCAACAGUGACACAAACAGUGAAGUCCUCGACCCUUUAACAGGCGAGCCCCUGCGGUUGCGGGACUACGCGUCUCCUUAUUGUCCGUCAUUCUCAGUUGCAUUCAAGGCCCUGUUUCUGGUGCGCGCCCUGGCAGCAACGUACUCCAACAUCUCUGACUGCGACGAAGUAUUCAACUUUUGGGAGCCUAUGCACUACCUUCAGUACGGAACAGGACUCGAGACAUGGGAGUAUUCACCAGUGUAUGCCAUCAGGAGCUGGGCCUACAUCCUCGCCCACGCCCUCCCUGCAGAGAUCACCCGCCUUGCUAUGAGCGCCAAUCGUUUACAAGUAUUUUUCAUUCUUCGGAUUAUACUUGGCGCAGUUUCGGCACAUUGCGAGGCAACACUUUAUAGAACAGUUGUGGAUGAGGUCGACCCGAGGAUAGGACGGUAUCUCUUACUGGUCCUUAUUAGCAGUGCAGGAACAUGGAUUGCUUCAAAUGCCUUCCUUCCUUCAACAUUUGCCAUGUAUACCACCAUGAUGUUCUUUAGUCAAAUGCUGCAGCCGCCGCGUCACCAUUCUGGAAAGCGGACGUUCUGGGCCAUCUUCUGGGUCGGAUUGGGAGCACUCCUUGGCUGGCCCUUCUCGGCAGCCGUGGGCCUACCAUUUGCACUCGAGGAGCUCUUGGUCCACAGCAGGAAUCACAGCAGAAAAAAGACGGUCCGAUUCAGGGACUGGCGCAUGGUGCGACUUCUUCAGUUGACGACGUCUACGAUAGUGGUUCUCGGCUGUGUUUUGGUCCCCAUCAUGAUUAUCGACCAAUAUUACUACAAGAAAUUGGUUAUCGUCCCUUUGAACAUUGUCCUGUACAAUGUUUUUGGAGGCGAUGUGGGGCCGGAUAUUUUUGGCACCGAGCCAUGGUGGUUCUAUAUCCUAAACGGCCUCCUGAACUUCAAUGUCCUGUUUCCCGCCGCACUGUUCUCGCUUCCGAUGCUGUUGAUCACGUAUUUUGCCAUUCCAGAUGUACUCCCUGCCCCACCUUCAAGCGGCGGUCUUUCACUCAAGGACCCACUUUUGUGGUUCUCGUUAAAGUUAUCGCCCUUCUACCUCUGGUUCGCUAUCUUUACGGCGCAGCCGCACAAGGAAGAGCGCUUCCUGUUCGUAGUGUACCCACUCAUCUGCUUUAACGCUGUCAUGACCCUGUUCAUGGCCCAGAAGAUUAUACAACGCACCCUGGACAGAUUUGUCACUCGAUCUAAGACGGCUGCGAUCCAUAAAUAUGCGGCUGGACUGGUGUGGUUGGUCCUGCUUGCCUCUGCCGCGGUUUCAUUGUCCAGGAUCCUCGCCCUUUAUGAGCACUACAGCGCACCAAUCGAUGUCUACAGGAAAGCGUUCGAUAUGGUCAAGGUCCCAGGCCCUAUGGUCGUUGAAGGAUCAGAUUCCACUGUCACCGGAGGAGCUGCAGCAUUAGCGAAUAACCGAGACCCUGCAAAGAUUGUACGUGUUUGUGUGGGUAAGGAAUGGUACCGGUUUCCGUCACACUAUUUCUUACCAGAAGGCGCGAAGUUAGGCUUUCUGAAGAGUCAUUUCGAUGGAUUACUGCCGGGAGAAUUUCAGGAGCUCCCACUAAACGCCGAGUUACCGAUUGUGGAAGCGAGACCGUCGGCGGCGAGGGGCAAGGAGCACCGACCGUUGAGGAUCGAUUGGCGAUGGAGUGCCGAGAGACGGCCGGGAACGUCAUUUGUACCGAAACAGAUGAAUAACCAGAACAUGGAGGUUUUCGAGCAUUAUACCCCUCUGGACCAGUGCGAUUACUUGGUGGACCUGGACUACGGCGGUCGUGCAGGAGAGGAUGAAAGCCAGGGCCAGGACUCGGUUGAACCCCGGUACCUGCAGGACAAGGAGCAUUGGGAGAGGCUUUACUGUAGAAGGUUUUUGGAUACAAAAGUGGGGGCGGGACGGAACCGGUGGGUACGGGCGUUCUGGAUCCCGGACCAAGUGACGGUCGCAUUGACGAGGGGUCAAACGAAGGUGUGGGGCGACUAUUGCCUUGCAAGACGCAAGUCUUUGUGAAUACACAGGGAGAAGAAUGUUGUUUGCUGGAGCAAUGAUGGUUCAGGAGCGAGCGGAUAUUGCCCUAAAUAAAAUAAAUAAAUUGGAUUGACUUCA